AUGCACAUCUUCCGGGCCCUUGUCUACGUCUCUCUGGUGGUGGCUCCUGGGUGCUCAAGUCUUCCAACAAAGGGAGACUCCAUCAGGAAUACGAUACACAGCAUCAUAAACAUAGCUCAGAUAACCCUGGUCCACAUCAAGAAACUACGGACGAGGUUGCCGGUGGCUCCACAGAUCGAACCCAGCACCCCCUCCAUUGACGGACUAACCAGCAUCACUCAAGAUCUCGGACUUUUGGACAAUGAACUGCAGAACCCCGUCACGGAGCUCCUCAGCCAGAUCCAGGCUGACGUCUCCAGCCUGGAGGGAAGGGUGCGCUCCUUCGCCCUCACCAUGGACUGUCCCCUUCAGGCUAGACCGAGCGGAGCGACCAGCGACAGCGUGUUCCCCGACAGCCAGCUCCAUCUGACUCUGACCAAGGUGCAGCGCUACCUGGAGAAGUUUAUUCUCCACAAGGACAAACUCAAGGUCUGCUGA